GUGUGUGUGUGUGUGCGUGCGCGCGCGCGCGCGUGUGUCUGUGUGUCAAAUGAAACUAGAGCUUGUAUAUGGCAACCUGCAUGUGCACUUCACAUUGAGUAGUCAUGGCCUAGUAUAUACAUGUAUCUCUCAAUACUCUUCUGUCUUGAACUGUUGCAGAUAGGUAUUUGUUACAUGAUAAUUGCAUGACAAAGGAGCUUGCAAUUAUUUUGCUUUUGACUGAUGUUAUUGCUAGUUUUUGUGUAAUUGAAUAUAAUUUUUCAGUAGUUCAGUCAUUACACCAAGCCCCUGCAAUUGUAACUAUCGAAGCAGGAGGUAUAACAGCAAAUGUAGACAUAACUGGCACUAAGGGAAGUGGCAUGGUGUCUUUCCAAUUCACAUCAUUCAACUCAUCAAAUGAUGUCAAACUGAGUAACAUUACGAUUGCUGUACACCAGCUGCCUCCUUCAUACCAGAGCAGUUGCACUGGAUCAGAUGUUGGAGAUGUGUACGAUCCAACUGGUGCUUUAAAUUCAGCAAGCUAUAGCAGUAGCUGUAUGAUGAACAAAGAAACUUGUGCUGUUGGUGACUUGAUACGUCGCCUUGGUGUGAUUGGAAACUUUGAAGCUAAAACUACCAAUUUUCUCAAUAGCAAGUGGUAUCUGAGUGGUGUAGACAGUAUUAUUGGCCGCUCUUUGGUUAUGUACGGAAGCGAUGGAGGUCCAUUAGCCUGUGGUCUUAUUAGACCCAACUUUGAUAAAGAUAUGCAAGAGAUAAACUUUUAUGCGAAGCUAUUCUCACCUGUAGGUGGAUUGGUGUCGUUCAAACAAGUGGUGAACAGUAGCACUGGCAUGGGAUAUGACGUUGCCAUUCUAGCAGAUUUGCACUCAAAUGAUGGAUCAGCUAGUAGAGGCAACUACACAUGGUACUUUGCCAGUGGACAACUGUCCAACUCAUACAAUUGCUCUUCAUUCAGUUCGCCUCCAUCUUUACGAUCAGACGCAGACCUUUCUACUAGGCAUGGCCGUUUGACAAUUAACCAAGGGCAAGGAAAAAGAUUGUUUUUUACUGAUACCACCUUGCAGCUUCAAGCUAUUUCUAACAUGGUAUUGGUUGUUAAAGACUCCAUGGGACGUUUAUCAUGUGGCAAUGUUGAGCGUCGACUUGGUGUCAUAGCUAAUUUUACUGGAAGUAUUAAAGGAUAUGUAAGAUGUACUCCUGGUGAAGGUGGAUCUACGCUUCAAGUGAGUUUGACAGGACUAAAUGGACAAGCAACCGAUCUCGAUAUACAUUCCUAUCCAGUUGACGGUAAUAGUUGUACUGGAUCUGGAGAUCACUUGGAUCAGUUUGGUGAUCUCUUGGGAAUGGAAUCAUUAGAAAGCAAGAUGUCAGUUGAUACCAGUAAAUUUAGUCCCAAUCUACGUUGUGAUGGGUGGUCUGGGAUUUUGGGACAGUCUGUUGGAAUUCAUCGCACGGAUGGCACUUUGUGGCAAUGUGCUUCUUUUGAACCAAUGGUGCCAUCGGACGUUUCCACGACUAAAAAAUCAAGUGUAGCACAGUUUACUGGUAUGUACAGUGGCUUCAUCAGACUGACACAGUGGCAAUUGAGUACUGGACAAUUGACAAAUACAAUAGUUGAUAUUGAUGUUCGUAAAACUGGGAGUGCUACGACUGGUCACAACUGGCAUAUCCAUCAGACUCCUACGGCAGGAUUUGCCGACAAUGGAAGAGCAAACUGUGGUGGUGGUUACACUGGAGGUCAUUACAAUCCUCAUAAUGUAUAUUUGAUGGGAAAUUACUUAGUUGACUGUAAUAAACAGAACCAGCUUCGAUGUGAGCUAGGCGACCUAAGCGGAAAACAUGGCAGAUACACAAUUGAAUCUGUAUCCAGCAACAAAGGGAGACAGCUGAGUCAAGACAUAGAUCUCCCUCUUUUUGGUCCAACCUCAGUGGCUUUUCGUUCUAUUGUAAUCCACGAUCCUAAUGCUGGUGAUCCUCGUCUUGUUUGUGCUACACUUUAUCCUGAUGGUUAUCGACCAUAUGCUGUGACUUUUAUGAAACCGACUACUGUUAACAAGAUGAAAAUUCAAGAAGCCAUUGCUAGUGGUCUUGGUAUUCAAACGGCAGAUGUGAUGUAUCUGACUGUUCACACUCAAGACGUGUGUGCUAGUGCCUCAUUUGCCGUCCUUGGCACUGUUGCCAAUACAUUGAAGAGUGAUUUCGAGUCAUCAUUGGUAACUGGAAAUAGAAUGUUUGGUGAGUACGAGGUGGACAACAAUUGUCUUAUUCAAACAACCGCCACCAGCACUCCGAGUGGAGCUGAUUUCUUGCAUCAUACGUCGUACUUGUUCAGCCUGCUAGUUAUGAUGGUGUCUUUUAUGUUGUUUUAACAUUGAGAGUGAGGUAACUGAUAGAAAUAGACUUCUAGGUGAGCUGGUUUUGAGUUAAGUUUGACAGCUUGUGUCGGUGUAGCUAUGAGGCAGUGUAUUUGUCGUCACUAUUGUUGUUGGACUGCGUGUUAUUUGUAAUCGCCGAUUCGGUGUUGUUGUAAGAGAUGCCAUGCAGCAUUAACAUUAUGUUGUAGAAUUAUGUAAUGUGUAGUCUACAAUGAAACUUCUCUGUUCUGUCAGAUUGCAAGCACAAAUAAAGAUCAAUCACAA